ACUUUUUAACGUAAAAAACCAGAGAAGGGAGAGGGGAAAUUGCUUUCCUUUAAAGCGAUCAUUACCAACUAUUAGUUGUUAUAACAUUUCCUUGAUUCAGUUGAGAAAUCAAAGAUCCAACAAAACACGAAGAAGAAGAGAAGAGAUUAAAAGAUGUGCUGCGGUGGAAGGAUGUGCAUGCUGUGCACGUGCAUCAUUCUGGUGGUUAUAUUGAUCGGAAUGCUGUUUGGAUUCGGUGUUUUCAAGAAUGGAUUUCACAAGUUGAAAGACACUGUUCAUCUCGACGUCGAUCCUAAUUCCAGGCCCUUCUUCGGUUUUCAUUUAGCUCCUCCUCCUGCUUUCUAAGGAUUCUCUCUCUCUUAUUUUUCUUCUGUUUUCUCUUUACAGUGCUUGUGAUGAGUGUAUUUUCAUUCUGAAUCCUGACUUUCUCUUAUUUUUCUUCUGUUUUCUCCUUACAGUGCUUGUGAUGGUUUUCCAUUAAAACGCUAUGUCGUUUUGGAUUUUUUUUUUUUAAAUUUAAUUAUUGUGGA